AUGUCCCAAUCCCAAAUUCGCGACUUUUACAACACCCAAAACGUCCUAAUAACCGGAGGAACCGGAUUUUUGGGCAAAGUCCUAAUCGAGCGCCUUCUCCGGACCACCAACACCGCCCAAAUUUUCGUCUUGAUUCGAACCAAAAAAGGGAAAAAUGCCCAAACGAGGCUUUACGACAUGUUGGACAGUCUCUAUUACAACAAAGUCAAAACCGAAAAUCCGAAUUUCAAAAGCCGGGUCAGCGCUAUAGAAGGCGACUGCGUUUCGGACAAUUUGGGAUUGUCUCUUCAGGACCGGGAAAAGUUGGUAACAAAGGUCAAUGUCGUGUUUCACGUCGCUGCCACCGUGCAUUUGAACGAAAAUAUCAAAACUGCGUACAAGAUCAACAUCGGGGGGACUGAAAAUUUGCUGAAAUUGUGCCAAAAAAUGAAAAAUUUGAAAAGUGUGAUUCACGUUUCAACGGCCUUUUCCAACUGCCAUUUGGACACAAUUGAUGAAGUUUUCUAUACUUAUCCCUUGGGUUACGACGAAGUCAAAAUCCUGCUACAGGAUUUAACCCCAAACCAGGCCGAGAAACUUUCCGAAAAAAUGUUGGAAGGGUGGCCAAACAGUUAUGCCUUCACUAAGGCCUUGACCGAGGCUAUGAUUGCCUCAGAAGCCAAAAACCUCCCAAUUGGGGUGUUUAGACCGGCUAUUGUCACUUCGACCUAUAAAGACCCAAUCGAAAACUGGAGUGACAGUUACGGUGGCCCGAACAGUAUCCUAGCAGGCGCUGGUUUGGGUUUCCUUCGUUUGUUUCCAUGUGACACUAGAUCGUACAUGGAAGCGGUUCCGGUUGACUUGACCAUAGCCGCCUUGAUCGCAAUAGCGUGGGACGUUUACAAGAAGGACAAAACGGAAAUUCCGGUCUAUAAUUACGUGUCCUCGAUUGACAAUCCCAUAACCUACUACGAGUUUUUUCAUUUGAACACAAUCCAUUUCCCGUACUACCCCCUCACAAAAGCAAAAUGGGCGCCAAAAUUUCGCACCAUGAAAAAAUCACUUUCUUAUCACGUCUUGGCCAUUUUUUAUCACCACAUUCCGGCCUUAAUUUUGGAUUUUUUCCAAGUGGUGCGGUUCCAAAGACCGGAAAUGCUGUCACGGAUUAGGAAAGUCCACGCACUCUUCGAUCUGUUUAGUUUUUAUAGCGAGAAGGGGUGGAAAUAUUCGAAUAAAAAUGUAAAACUUCUUUGGGAGAGAAUGAAUGAGAGUGACCGGAAGUUGUACAAUUUUGAUAUUUCGAGUGUCCAGUGGACGUACUAUUUGAGGUACUAUUACAAGGGUUUGAGGGUUUACUUGUUUGAGGACGAUUUGAGUAAUUUAGCAGAGGCGAAGAAGAAAAUGAGAAGGUUUGAAUUUUUGCACAAUUUGAUGCUGUUUGGAAUUUAUUUCCUUGGGAUGAACUUGAUUUGGGUUAUAUUUUCAAGAAUAUAUUCACCCUAAUUUAAAAAUUGUCAAUUAGAAGGUUUUUAAUUGAAAUGGGGGAAAAUUGAAAAUAACUAACUGCAAGAAAACAAUUUGUUAAAAAUUUAAUAAUAAAUCACUAUG